ACCGUGCCCGCCACAAUGUUUGCCCGUGUGUUCGCGAUUGUGGUGAUUGGGUUUGUGGCCUGUGUUGCCGGGCUGCUGACGGAUGAGGCCUGUCCGUCUGAUGUGACGGCGAUGAAAGACUUCUCGCUGAACGAUUACACCGGCCGCUGGUUCGAAAUCAAGCGUUACGAGCAGUUCUACGAGCGGGAUCUGGAUUGUGUCGUGGCCGAAUACCAGAAGACGGGCGACGAUAGCAUCUCCGUGAAGAAUGGUGCAUUCAGUCUGAGCAACAAUACGCGGGUGGUUGGCGAAGGUACGGGAGUGGUAUCGUAUCCGGAUGAUGUGACUCAUCCGGCUAAGCUUAGUGUGGCCUUCUUCGGAGCAAAGCCGAAACGAAGCAACUACUGGGUGCUGGACACGGACUACACCUCCUUCGCCGUCGUGUGGUCCUGUGAACCGUUCUUCAAGGACGCUUCCAAGAAUGUCCUGGGCUUCUGGAUUUUCUCGCGCAAUCCUACCUUCCCAACCGAUGAGGCUGUGGUGAAGCGUGUCGAUGAGCUGGUCAAGAAGUACGGCGACGCGUCCAAGUUCGAGGUACCGAACCAAUCCGACGAACGUUGUCCACGAUCUUACUAA